GAUCUUCCCGCCGCCCCACUAUGCGUUGCCGUGGCAACAGAGCAGUAACCAGGGUCCGAAGCUUGGCCGAACUGUGCCUCGGAGGCUUUCGGUCUGGUUCGUUGACGUCAGAGAAGAGCGCGCAGAGAGCGAGUGACGAAGGCGGAAGCGGCGCGAGCGCCGGGCUGCAGGAUGCGAUACUGAGGAAGCCUGAUAUGCCUUGCUGCCCCUCCCCCGCAACAGACCCAGCUUCGCAAUGGAGAUGCAAGAUGGUGGGCAAGAGACUACAGCUUCUCCUUCCACCCCUGGAACAGGAAAGUCAAAACUGGAUACCUUACCCAAAGAAGAACUCAUCAAAUUUGCAAAGAAGCAGAUGUUACUUUUACAGAAAGCGAAAUCUCGGUCUGCAGAAUUGGAAAAGGAGAUUGAAGAACUGAAAUCAAAACCUGCUGAUGGAGGGAAUGAUGACAUUAUUCAGGCCCUCACAGAGAGGCUGGACGUUGUUCUCCUCGAAAAAGCAGAAAUCCAACAACAAUGCCUAACUCUGAAGAAAGAAAAUGUGAAAAGACAACAAGAAGCAGAGGCUGUUAUUGUCAAGGAUGAAGAAUCACAGAAGAAGCUUGUGCAGUUGACUGCCGACUACUUUAAGGAAAUGGACAGUCUUAAAAAUGAAAUGGUAACAGCACAGUCUAGAUAUGAUGAAACUUUAACAGCGCUACAGAAGGAACUGCAUGCAGAAAAGAAGAAACAAGAAGAGCUCAUGGAUCAACUUAAAUUUCAUAGUAAAUGGCAAGAAGAAGUCAAAAGGCUAGAGGAAGAGGUCCACCAAACAAAGACUGUCUAUGAGCAACAAAUCUCAGAUCUGGAGAAGCAGCUGGGGGACUGCAGUGAAGCAAAGGAGAAAGAAAUUUCCAGUCUGCAAAAUGUUAUUGAAGACAAUUCUCGGGGUUACCAAAAUGAAAUUGAUAAGUUAAAUGAAGAACUGGUGAAACUGAAGACCUCACACCAAGAGGAGGUGUCUGAUCUGAUGCACCAGCUUGAAGCUUCUGCUAAUGCGUGUGAAGAAGGACAAAAGAAGAUAGAACAGUUAAAGCAGGACUUGAGAGAGCAGUAUGAGGUGCGUGAGAAAAUCCUGCAGAAUGAAUUACAUGCUUGCAAAGAGAAGUAUGAAUGUGAACUGGACUGCUUAAGACAAGCUUUAACUAAAAAUGAAGGCAACCAAACAGAAAAUAGAAAUGAACCUCUAGAGUCAGAACUAGUGGAAAAGGCCAGGGACUUAGAGAGUACUCUAAAAGAACUGGAAUCUCAACACAGUAUACUGCAAGAUGAAUUAACUUACAUGAAUAAUGUUAAAACGAAACUAGAAAUGGAAGUCCAGAAUGUGAAGGAUGAAUAUUUUCAUGAACGGGAGGAUUUGGAGUUCAAAAUCAAUGAACUGCAACUUGCCAAAGAAGAUCAUUGCUGUCUAAUUGAAAAACUAAAAUUGGAGCUCGAGGGGAUGAGAGAGCAGUGUGAGAAGAUUGCACAAGAGCACAAUCUCGAAAUUCAAGAUCUUGAGUCAAGACAUGAGAAAGAAAUAUAUGAACUUAAACAAACAUUGUCAUCAAGUUUAGAGACAGAAAACAGAUCACUGGCUCAGGAAAUCCAAGAUCUUAAAGAACAGUGUCAGAAGUAUAUCCUGGAAAAAGAAGAAGCAAUUGAUAGCUAUGAAAUUUUGAGAGAAACAAUGGAAACCCUACAAGCUGAACUGGGGGAAUCAGCUGGCAAGAUAAGCCAAGAAUUUGAAUCGAUGAAGCAGCAACAGGCUUUGGAUGUUGGUGAACUACAGAAGAAGCUCAGAGCUGCUUUCAGUGAGAAGGAUCUUCUUCUGGAGACAGUGAAUCAUCUUCGGGAAGAGGUGGAACAGCUUUCUUGCAAAAGAGAAGAGGUGGAGGAGCUCAGACUUAAAACCAGGGUGCUUCAGGAGGAAAAUGAGAAACUUACUGCUUCUCUUCAUCAAAAAGACACUGCCAUAAAGGAGCUGGAAGACAAGGAGCAAGAGCUUUGCUUUCAAAACAGCAGCUUGUUCAGUGAGGUCAAAUGCUCCAUGGAGACAAUAAAAAACCUCCAGGAACAGUGCAAAGUGGAGCAAGCGGAGAUCAUGGGACUUCAACAACAGGCUGAGACUCUUCACCUUUGCAAUCAUGAAUUAGAACAGCAAGCAGAGGAAUUAAAAGAGAAAUUGAGAGGCAUUUCAAUGGAAAAAGAAGACAGUCUGCAAAAAUGUCAAGAAUUAGAGCAACAAAUCAAAACUCUUCAGCAAAACAGGGAGCGUCUGUCAUCUGAAGUCAAGACUCUUUGUGAUGAAAGUAACAAACUAAAGGAAGAAAGAGAUGGAGUUGAUAAGAAGCUGCAGGGCAUGGCAUCUGAAAAAGAGGAAUCGCUAGUGUUUAAAGAGAAAGUGGAUGACUUGGAAAUGAAACUAAAAAUCACCAGUGAUGAAAAAGACCAUCUAGAGAAGCUCCUUGAUGAAGAAACGUCCUUCAAAUCUCUCGUUGCUAAUCAGCUCUGUAGCCUCCGUGAACAAAUGGAAUUUGGAUGCCCAGAAGAAAACAAAGAGUAUGAUGUUGUUGCUGUCCUACAAGCAGCAAGAGAAUCCUUGGAGAGAAUGAAGCAAGAGAAUCAGAAUCUGACUCAACAGAAGAAUGACAACGUUCUCUUACAGGAUGAGAUCAGGAGGCUGCAGGAAGAAAAUGCCGCAUGUUGUCUAGAGCUGCGAUCUCUGCUGGAUGACUCUGAAAAAGAAAAAUGCCUUUUGAGAGAAGAUCUGGAAGGGGCUUUGUCAGAAAAAGAAGCUCUGCAGAUAGAUAUCCAAGAGCUGAAGCAUGCUGGGGGAAAAGUCAAGGCCGAGAACCAAGGUCUUUUGGCUUGUGUUGAAGAUAUAUCUGAAAAACUUGCAGACUGUGAAAGUAAAGUGAAAGAGCAAGAAAAAACGUUAGAAGAGAAGAAAAAUCUAAAUUUAAUUAUAGAACAAAAAGAGUCUGAGCUGAGGAGUGUGCAAGCUGAGCUUUCUUUCCUAAAGAAUUCCAUGGCAGAGUCUUCUACUAAGAGUGACCAAGAAGCACUGGAAUCACAAAAAAUAGUGACUUUAGAAACACAGCUGAAAGAGAAGGAAGAAAAAUUAAAUAAAUUUAAAGCAAUUGCCAUGAAAUUAAGGAAGGAGCUGGAUUCUAGCAGAAAAGAGAUGCAGUCACUUAGAGAAGAGCUGGAGCAGACACAGUCUGAGAGAGAACAGCUCUCUUCUUCGAUGGGAGACAUCAUUCAGGGAGCAGAGGGCUAUAAGAAUCUCUUAAUAGAGUUUGACAAGCAAGCAGAACAGCUGGAUUUUGAAAAAGACCGAACUCGGAAUUUGGAACGUCAGAUAGAGGACUUUACAAGACAACUGGACGCAUCAGCUCAGCAGCAAGACCAGUGGCGCUCUACUAAUACGGAUCUCUUGGCUCGGAUAGAGACUCUGCAGACCAACACCAAGCUGUUGGAAACCCAGCUGUUAGAAAUGCAGAAAGCCAAAGCAAAAACAGACAAAGAACUUGAAGCUGAAAAACUUCUAAAAGAACAAAAAAUAAAGGAGCACAGCACCACUGCAAAAGAAGUUGAGGAUCUGCAGGCCCAACUUCAGAAAGAAAGAAAGCAUCUCCAAAAAGUCUUGGAAGAGCUGGAGAUGGCAAAGAAGGAUGCACAGAAGAGUACAUUGAUGGACAUGGAAAUAGCUGAUUAUGAGCGUUUGGUUAAAGAACUGAAUCAAAAGCUGAGCGACAGAGGCAGCAGAAUUGAGGAUCUUGAGCAAGAGAUUAAAAUUCAGAAGCAAAAGCAAGAAACACUGCAAGAUGAAAUGAAGUCAUUUCAGGCUUCUGUACAGCAGUUUGAGGAUAAGAACUCCAAGAUCAAACAGCUGCUGGUGAAAACGAAAAAAGAGCUGGCUGACUUGAAACAAACAGAAAAUGAACUUCUGAGAAUUCAGGCAUCUUUAAAAGGAGAGCUGGAAGCAAGUCAGCAGCAAGUGGAAGUUUACAAGAUUCAGUUGGCUGAUCUAACCUCAGAAAAACACAAACUUCAGGAGCAACUGCGGACUUCCGUAGAACACCACCAGCGGGUUUUGAGUACUUAUCAGCAGAAACUUGCAACACUCCAAGAAGAGUGCAGUGCAGCAAAGGCAGAACACACUGCUGUGUCAUCUGAAUUUGAAAGCUACAAAGUCCGUGUUCAUAAUGUUUUAAGACAGAAGAAUAAAUCUUCUCAAGCUGAAACAGAUGGUAGCAAACAGGAAAGAGAACACCUAGAAAAUGUAAUAGAUCAAUUAAAGAUAAAAUUGCAAGACACUCAACAAAACUUGCAAAUCAACGUAGCUGAGCUUCAAGCACUGCAGUCAGAACAUGACACGUUGCUGGAACGGCACAAUAAAAUUCUUCAGGAGACCGUAGCAAAGGAAGCAGAGCUCAGGGAAAAGCUCUGUACAAUACAGUCUGAAAACAUGGUGAUGAAGUCGGAGCAUGCACAGACUACGAGUCAGCUGAUAGCCCAGAAUGAAGCUCUUCGGAACAGUUUCCGAGACCAAGUCAGACAUCUUCAGGAAGAGCACAGGAAGACAGUGGAGACAUUGCAGCAGCAGCUGUCCAAAGUAGAAGCUCAGCUCUUUCAACUCAAAAGUGAGCCAAGUUCAAAAAGUCCUACUCCUUCCAAUAUACCAACAAAGAACUUGCGAGAAAGAAGGAACACUGACCUUCCUCUUCUUGAUGUGCACACUGUAGCUAGAGAGGAAGGAGAAGGAAUGGAAACCACUGACACAGAGUCUGUAUCUUCUGCCAGCACUUACGUACCGUCCUUGGAACAGCUCCUUAAUACACCUGAUGCAAAACUUGAACCUCCACAGUGGCAAGCAGAGCUUACGAAAGAAGAGCUGGUCCAGAAGCUAAACACCACAACAAAGAGUGCCGAUCACUUAAAUGGAUUACUUCGGGAAUCAGAAGCAACCAAUGUAAUCCUAAUGGAACAAAUUAAGCUUCUUAAAAGUGAAAUUAGGCGUUUAGAAAGGAACCAGGAGAGAGAGAAAUCUGUAUCUAAUCUGGAAUAUUUGAAGAAUGUUCUGCUCCAGUUUAUAUUUCUGAAGUCAGGUAGUGAAAGAGAGAGGCUUCUUCCCGUAAUAGAUACCAUGUUACAGCUGAGUCCAGAAGAAAAAGGAAAGCUUGUUGCAAUUGCUCAAGGUGAGGAGGAGAGCACGUCACAACCAUCUGGGUGGGCUUCAUACCUGCACAGCUGGUCAGGACUCCGCUAAGACUAUGGGAACGCUCCGUUUUCAGAUAUUCCUAUUUCAUAGAUUGCACUGAGAGGAAUCUCAGCACUGAAGAAUGUGCGAUAUACUCAUGUAUCAAGGGUAAUUUUUGUGUUUUGUGUUGAUCAUUUUAAGUAACCAUUUGUUUUUUUUUAUUAAGCCUUGUGAAUGGUGCGUUCUGGCUUCAACUUCCAGUCUUUAUUUGGUGACUCAUUACAAGAGCAGGCAUUUUAAUGCUUGCAUGGAGCAACAGUUGUCUUAUUCCUUGGUUGGGCAAGUUCUGUCCACACGUCCCUUUGUGUGUUAGGAGCUUCCCCCACUAUUGAACCCUUCAGUUGGGAUUUCUAACUGCAGCAAGCAUCUUCAUUUGUAUUUAUCCUGCGUAAGAUAAUUAUCAACAGCAAGGCCAAAAUAGAACUGGCAACUCUGACCACACACGUUCAUGUUCUUCGGUUCAGACCAUCGCCUGUUUCGUGCUUAGGGAUGCUGGAUAUAUGACUUAGUAAAACACUUCAGAGCUUACCUUUCAAAUUGCUUAUUCUUCUGAAAAAGAGGAAGAGAGUAAAAAAAAAUUGGCAGCAUUCUGCUACUUGAAUAAAUUGAAUGUAUGGCCUAAGUCCAAACUUAAUUUAGAGAGUCCUUAAGCUAAUAGGGCACUAUCUAGUGUUUAGGACAUUGCUGUCAGAUCCUUUUGCCUGAGCAUUACAGCAUUAGUUAAUGACUGCUGAGAACAAGCUUUCCUAAAGUAUUCCUUUGACAUUUUUUUAAAAAAAAACACAUUAAAAUAAGAAUUAGAAAAGAUAUUUGACUCUAAGCACAGGUCAGCGUUGCCAAUGCAGCAUGUCAUAAUGCUUCCGGAUAAGAGUGGAGGAUAUUCCAAAACUUGGUUCAGGUUUUGCUACAGGUUAUGAAUCCUAAAUAUAAUUGGCAGAGAUCAUUGCUAAGAUUGAGUGUUUCUGGAAAAAAAUAUAUUCCUUUUUUGCAAAUGGAUGCCUUUUCUCCGCCACCAUUCUCAAGGUGUUCCCACUUAACAUGCAUGUGUUAAGAUUUGUGUAAUGUUUCUGUAGAAACAAAUAGUUCUCUUUUCAAACAUUUGCUCUUCGUUGCAACUUUUUUGCCUCUCUAGAAGGGAUACUCUCAAGAACACCCCAAAAAGUUUCAUUUUAUAUCACAUACACUUCAGUCUUGGUGAUCCAUAUUCUCUUAGCAUAUGUGUUCCGCUUCCCUGCUGAAUCUCUAUGAUACCCAAAGGAGACAAGACAGUAUACACAGUUCAUAGUACCACUUCCUCUGCCUCAGUGCUUUUAAGUUUGAUUCCUGACUGCCACACUAUUAACACACCAAUAGGUGAGACUGGGUUGGAAGAUGGUCCAAAUGAUAUAAUAGAACUCUGGAUAAAGUUGAUGUUCUCAGUGAACUUUGAAAAGAGUUUAUGAGAUACAAGCUGCUUUAUGGGGAUGUCUUCUGAUCUGGGGUAGCCAGGACAGUUCCAGUGAGGCUUACUGACUUGUGAGGUGUGUGACAUGAGAGACAGCCUUGAGCAACAGUGUUUGAUUUUAGAGUAUUUAUGGUGGCUAUUCCUUGCGAGGACUGGCAUCUUGAAUUCCUAAAGCAAUUGGAGAGCGAGGUUAAUUGCAGCAUAUAUUAAAAAAAAAUCUCAAUGAUAGCCAUCAGAUGCAUAAGUUUAAUUAGUCAUAUCAGAUUAGAAGCAUUGACAGCACUGGCAGCUGAGGGGGGAAAUACAUCAUUUGCUUGAACAUCUUUGAUGCUGCUGCUGUUCAGAUUCCCACCAUGACAUUCAUAUCUGCAGUCUCUUCAGAUGACAGAUAUGCCUUAAAUCUUGAGUUUUGCUUCAGCAUUUGUUAAUUUAUCUCACUUCAGUGUUAUGUCUUGUUUGUUGCUGUUUUCUACCACAGGGGAGUCAAAGAUCUUGACUGACUCAUCCUUCUGUACUUUGACAUGUUGAAACUGACCAGGAAAAUGUCUUUGCACUUCCGUACUUUUGUUGUUUUCAGAAUUGGUUUCACUGAAUUAUUGCAAUUAAUUGAACAGCUUCCUAUUUGCACAAUGUUAACAACUGUGACAAAAUGAACCUUUUAUGUCUUUUUAAGUGUUGUACUUCAAAUCCUGUUUUUAUUUUUUCAAGCUGUGAAUAAAUUAUGCAUAUAGUUUACUUUUA